UGUACUGUACCUGCUCAACAUGUAUAAAGUUGCUUCCUGUCUAAGUGGCCGCUAUGCAGGUCUCAUGGGACAGUCCUGCUGUUCACCUGGUUUGGCCAAAUUUCACCUGGGAAGUGGUGCAGUAUGUCAGAAAUCCGCCCUCAAAUACCGUCCGGCAGACCUCCCAGAGCUGCCGCCAUGCAAUUUCAAGCCAGAUGAAUACAAGGGUAUGUCCAAGGGGCAGAUGAUGGAGAUCCGCAGACAGAAUUGCAACCCAGUGACCAUGAAGAUUACCUAUUAUAAGAAACCAAUGUUCAUCCACCAGGGACACAUGCAAUGGCUGUGGGAUGUGGAUGGGAGGCGAUACCUGGAUCUGUUUGCUGGCGUGGCUACAGUCAGUUUGGGCCACUGCCACCCGAAAGUGACAGCAGCCGCACAGAAGCAGUUGAAGACCCUGUGGCAUACUACAAACAUCUACGUCCAUCCUACUCUCCAUGAGUAUUGUGAGAAACUAGCGUCCUACUUACCAGAUCCUCUUAAGGUGAUAUAUCUGACCAACAGCGGCUCAGAAGCCAAUGACCUGGCUAUGUUGAUGGCUCGACUUCACACAGGCAACUUUGACAUCAUCACUUUCAGAGGGUCAUACCAUGGUGGCACCCAACAGACAAUGGGUCUUACCUCCAACAUGCCAUAUAAAUACCCUAUUGCUACAAGUUCAGGCUGCACGCAUACCAUGUGUCCUGAUGUGUUCAGAGGCCCGUGGGGAGGAAGCCACUGCAGGGACUCUCCUGUGCAGACCAUCAGAGACUGUAGCUGUGCCCAAGGUCAUUGCAUGGCAAGUGAACAAUACAUUGGACAGCUCAAAGAGACAUUUGCCACAAGUGUCCCAAGUCGAAUUGCUGGUUUCUUUGCAGAACCUAUUCAGGGAAUGGGAGGAGCUGUGCAAUAUCCCAAAAACUACUUAAAGGAGGCUUACAAACUUGUGAGAGAGAGAGGAGGGAUCUGCAUUGCUGAUGAGGUCCAGACUGGAUUUGGGCGAACAGGAAGCCACUUCUGGGGUUUCCAAGGUCAUGAAGUCAUUCCUGAUAUGGUUACAAUGGCAAAGGGCAUUGGUAAUGGAUUCCCAAUAGGAGCUGUUGUUACAACACCAGAAAUUGCUGCUUCUUUUGGAAAGGCCUACCACUUCAACACCUUUGGGGGAAGUCCUAUAGCUUGUGCCGUCGCUUCAUCAGUGCUUGAUACUAUCAAAGAAGACGGCAUACAGCAGAACAGUCACAAUGUGGGCACCUAUCUGUUGACUGAACUGGCAAAACUCAGAGACCAGCAUGAGAUUAUCGGUGAUGUGCGUGGAAAAGGCCUGCAGAUCGGGGUGGAAAUGGUCACAGACAAGGUCAGCAGGAGCCCGCUGUCUCCCGAGGCAAUGAGUGAGAUCUUCGAGGACAUAAAGGACAUGGGAGUCCUGAUAGGGAAAGGAGGAGUCUACGGACAGACCUUCCGCAUCCAACCCCCCAUGUGCAUCACCAAGGAGGAUGUGGAUUUCUUCCUGGCAGUUUUUAACAAGGCCAUCAACAACUACGUCGACAGAAAAUGAACGGAUGUAACUCAAUGCCAAGGACCAAACCUGGAAACCUGUUUGGCAGUGGCUUGCAUUUUUGUAAAUGCUUUAAACUGUAAUGCUUAUCAUUUUGCUGACUGCUCUAUUAGAUGCACUUUAAAACUUAACUACGCAUGUUAUAAUUAUGAAGACACCUAAGCUGCUGCUUUGUAAUUCCUUUUUUCUUUUAUAUUAAACACUCAUUAUUCAAUACACUGGACAAACAUCACAACUUGGAGGGAAAACAUGUUGUGGUUAGGACACUGUUUUGUAGUUUAACACUAUAGACAGUAUAUAUAUAUAUAUAUAUAUAUAUAUAUAUAUAUAUAUAUAUAUAUAUAUAUAUAUAUAUAUAUAUAUAUAUAUAUAUAUAUAUAUAACAAUGUAGUCACUGACUAUACUAGGUAUCUGAAUGUAAUUAUCUCAUGUUUGCUGAAACAGCUGUUUGUGCAUUUACAUAUUGCUUAAAUAUGCCAUUUUAUAUACCCGUCACACCAAUAAAACUGCAUUUAAAAAAGGUA